GCCCUCAGCAGCAAGAUGGGGGCCGUAUCCGGCUUGCUACGUCUUCCUGAGGAUGAACUCGGGAAAGUGAAGGAGGCGAAUGACACCAUCACCAAGCUUCUGCCAGCUCUCAUGUUGGCAAUUCAAGCCAACACUCUGAGAGGGUCUAAGCGCGCAGCUGACAUUCCGAUUGAGGAUGAGCCGGCGGCACUGCGGUUGCGAACGGCCGUCGAAAACGGCCAUGGUCCAACUGAUAUGGUCUCAAGAAGUGAGUCUGGCAGCACCCAGCAGCCCUCCACUUCUGAGGCGGACAAGCGGCCGCUCCUGAACCUACAAUUGGUUUCGGAUGCGCCCUUUGCUGAGCGCCGCGAGCAGGGCAUGCUGACGACACUGGAUCUGAAGCCUCCUUCAGCCAAUCAGAGCACGACCUCGCUUGAGAGCGCUGAUGGUUCCUCUGCAG